UCAAGCCCCGAGACGGAAGUCACCGCGAGCCGGAAGCUCCCGGGCCCCGUCACGGACGGGGAGGGGGAGGGGAGGGAGAUUCAGGGUAGGAUGGCGGCUCAAAUUCCAAUCGUGGCCGCUACUUCCACCCUGGCGGUAGCCCGGAACAGCAAAAAGAGACCAGGGAGCCCUUCCCACAACGGCAGCAGCGCAGGAGGCUACGGCGCCAGCAAGAAGAAGAAGUUAUCCGCCUCCGGCUUUGCACAGGGUGUCAGCAUGGAAGCCAUGACUGAAAAUAAAAUGGUGUCCUCAGAGUUUAGCACAGGACCUGUGGAAAAAGCUGCCAAACCUUUGCCAUUUAAGGAUCCCAACUUUGUGCACUCUGGCCAUGGUGGCGCGGUAGCUGGCAAGAAGAACAGAACCUGGAAGAACCUGAAACAGAUUCUCGCUGCUGAAAGGGCAUUGCCGUGGCAACUGAACGAUCCUAACUACUUUAGUAUUGAUGCUCCUCCAUCCUUUAAACCAGCCAAGAAGUAUUCUGAUGUUUCGGGUCUUCUUGCCAACUACACAGACCCCCAGAGCAAGCUGCGCUUCAGCUCCAUUGAAGAGUUUUCCUAUAUCCGGAGGCUGCCCUCUGAUGUCAUCACAGGCUACCUGGCCCUGAGGAAAGCCACCAGCAUCGUUCCCUGAGCCUGAGAAAUGGAAGAAAUGUUUGUGAAGCGGAAACUAUUGCCAUGACAGACUUUGGACUCGUCAUUUUGUCUCAUGGAAACAAACUCUUUCUGCCGUCAAUCUGAAAAUGUCAGUUCUGUGCCUUGGGAAGAAUGUUUGGUUUUUAGUUUAAGAGUUUGGGUUUUUUUUCCCCCCUAUGUUUUCUGUCCAAGUGUGAUAUUUCCUGUUGAAUUAAAUUAUACUUCAGUUGUUGCCUUAAGUAAAAUUGUUUGACAAGAAAAUAGAGCAUAAUUAUGCUUUAAAUUUAGACCUAGUUAGUCCCCAAAUUUUGUUAACAAGUUGUAAAGUGUUGUCCAACAUUUAAAGACUGCAGUGAGUCCACAGUAGUUCUGGGUUAUUUCUGAUUCCAAUGACUCUCUUUUAGAGCAUGUUGAAGAGUAUAUGUAGUUGCUAGGGCCUGAAGCCCUACAUAUACUGUAGCAUCUACAUAGCAAUCUACAUAGGCUCUAGCAUCUUCGUAGGCUCUAGCAUCUACAUAUACUCUUCAGAAUGCUCAGAAAAAUCCCGAAAUUGGGUCUCGAGAAGUUCACCCCGACUCCAGUGUCUUCUAAGGGUCUUGAACUAUGAGAAACAUUAAUACUCCCUAUCCAAGAAGGACUCUGUCUUGGUUCAGGGUACUGCCCUUUGGCUCCAGCCUAUUCCAAAAAGCUUUGCUUCCCCAUCUUACUGGGAAAAGAAGCAAUUCCUUGCAUCAGGAAAAGGAUUGUGAAGAUGACCCUAGCCUCACUGAGUCCUACUAUUCUUGAAUGAGAAUACUAGGAACCUUAGGACCAGCUUAUGGGCCAGCUGCUGUUUCUUUUAGGGAUUAUUAAUUGUGCAGAUACCCUUUCUGGGAGUUGCCCUGGCCUCCAACUUUCCUAGCCUUGGAGGAAAGAAAACCCCUAGGAGAAUAGCCUUCCAGCCAGUGGCAGUGACUCAGAGCCUAAUUUUCUUCCUCCAGGUUCAGCAACUGCAGGGUCCCUCUCAGUAGGAAGAGUACUGUGUAGCCUCCUCCUUUUCCUUGACAAAGCACCUGAGGUUACAGCUGGGGAGGAGGGGAACUUUUCUAAGCCACAGCCAUCAAAACAUUUGACUGGGCUUUAGCGUCAGAGUUGUGACAGGUUGGGGGCCUUGCCCAAUUGAGUGGCUAAUGCAGUGGGUGGUUUGGGAUGGGUCAAGAAUUGCACUUAAAAAGUGAUUCUGUGAGGUUCACUCUUCCAAUGAAAUCAGAAGUCUCAGAAGAGAGAACUUGUUUCCCAUGAGGACCCCCAGAUGGGCAUUUUCAUCCAACCUGGAUGCUGGAUGGUGCCUCAGACUUGCCUUUUCAGAAUCAGGUGGUCUAGUGGGUAUACCCUAGGGAGGACUGUGAGCUGUCACUCCUGCCUCAGUUUCUAGGUGUAUGUUCCAUGAGCAAGUCAAGAGUCAUCUGGGACCUGCUGCUAAAAUGCAAAUUCCUGGGCCACACCUGAGAGCUGACCAACUUGGGGGAGAAAGGCCCAGAAAUCUGCAUCUGAUAGACCCUUGUGUGACCAUGGAGUGUGAGAGCCACUGGCUGCCGCAGGCAUAGUCAAGUUCCUAGACACUUUGCUUCCUUCUUUCCUGUUUCCCUGCCAUGUUUUGUUUGUGGCCCUCAUUUUGCUGAAGAGCCUUAAGUUCUAAAGACCAAGUCAUUUCUCACUCCAUCUUCCAGAAGGCCAUGUGAGCCAAACCAAGCUCCAAGCUGUGAGUGACUGUUUCCAGUAAUGAGUCCUCUCAGUUUGGGAAUGUGCAGCUAAUCUGCCCUGGGGGGAACAGCCCUUGCUGACCAUGCUUUCACCUGGCGCUUCCGAGGUCUGCCUCUGAUUGUACAUAAGAAUCACCUGUGAGGGGAGGGGAGGAGGGGGUGUUCUAUACCAAGGAGAUUUUCUGGGGUUUGCUCUUUAUUAAGGUAUUAUUUAUAAUUUAGUAAGAAGUCAUUAAAUUCAGUGUGGUACAGUGAGUUUUUAUCAACACAUACGUAGUUGCAUCUUCAUCAAAAUAUAUGAAGCCAUGUGUGAUGGUAUACAUCUGUGAUCCUAGCACUCAAAGGUUGAGGCAAUAAGAUCUCAGGUUCAAGACCAGUCUAGGCUAUAUACUAAGUCUGAGGCUAGCUUAAACUAAGUACAUGAUGUGUGUAUUUGUGUGUCUGUAUAUGUCUGUGUUUUGUCCAUUUAUUGUUACUAUAAUUAAGCCUGAGUCUGGCUAACUUUAUAAACAGUUUAGAUCAAAGUUUUAUUUAGAUCACAGAUUUAAGAGCAAUAUGCUAGCAUUAACUCAGCUUUAGUUAAGAGACUCUUCACUAUGCCACAUUGUAGAAGAAACAAAUAUGAGAGGAACCAUCCUACCAAAACACAGGAAGUCAGAGAGAGACUGGCUCAUUUCCUUUUGAGGACAUGUCUCAAGACCUAAAGACCUCCCAUUAUGCUCCACCCCUAAAUGGUUUUCUAACAAUUGGCUUUCUCCCUUCUCUUCCUCUGACUAACAAGACCCUUCUAUAGCUUGUAUGACUCUGCUCAUUGUGGUAUGUCUAAUGAUUUGUCCCUCUGGUACCUGACCAGUUCUGGAGUUGACUGAUAGGAUCCAAAGGAUAAACUUGGCCUUAAAAGUUAAAAAUAGCUAGAUAUGAGAAAUCACAUAUUUUUCUUGAGACUACACUGAAAUCCAAUCUACUUUGAAGUUCAACUCUUUCUUAAUAUCAAUAUCUGAUGUGUGUCUCCAUUGUAAAAGAGGAGAGAAAUCUUGGCAUAUUUCGGAACUAGUGUUGGAGAACAGUCCUGGUGAGUGAGGAAGAUCCACUGGCUAGUCUCCAUGUGUCCAUUCAGACUUUACAUGUAUUUUAUAAUUGAUUUGGCACUUGAUAGAAGGCUAACUGUAUUUUCACUGAGAAGUCUCUUCUUAAUCCAUAACUUAGGAAGAGGUAACAAACAUUUGAUGCUAUUUGCAAGGGUGUAUAUCUGGGAGUGUUUAUUGAACUUGGUAAAAAUAAAGUAUAAGGAAAGAAAUGGAUGGAGUAUAGAACUUGAUCAUGUCAUCAAAUGAGGCAUAUACCUUGCGAGAGAUAGCAGAUGAUACUCUCUUAUAAAUGCAUGAAAUAAUUAUUGCAAUUUAUAAUAAUGUCCUACUGGAGGGAAUUUGUGGGGCUCAUUUGGAGCCUUAUUCAAACGCCAAAAAAACUUAAAAUAGUUUUGAAACAAUUGAAAAUUUGCUCUAUUUUGGUAUUUGAUAAGAAUUCUUAUGAAUGUUUUUAGUUGCAAUGAUAGUAUUGUAAUGUUACAAGAAAGGGUUCAUAAUUUUAGAAUUAUGAACUGAAAUAUUUAUGCAUGGAAUGCUAGGCUAUCUGGAUUUUUUUUAGGAUGAUGUGGGAGAGAGGAAGUGGAUGGGUGUAGUGUUGAAACAAGAUUGGCCGUGAGUCAAUUAUUGUUAAAGCUGAAUAUAAGUAUGGUGUUCUACUAGUCUA